UCCGUUAAUCGUCGUUGUUGUAAAUCGAGUACGACAUGGCGUCCACAAACAGUCGAGAAUGGAGGGCGGUGUGCGAGAAAUUUCGUCUCGCCCAAGAUCUUUCUGAAAUUGAAUCGCGAAAAGAUCCUGAAAACGAACCUUUCCGCUCCAGAUAUAAAGCCAGAGAGCUGCUGAAGGAGAUUUACUCUACGGUAAAGAAUUUCGAAAGCGAGAACGAGGAGCAGGAGACGGACGGCCAGUCAGGAGAGACCGAGGACGCGGAGGCGAUAAAUGGAGGAGGGAAUAAGGCACAUUCGGGUGACUCCCGAGCCGGACUCCGAGCCGUCAAACUCGGCGUGAUUGACUAUCACCUGGGGGUGAACCAUAUCGAAACCGAGGAACUCUCCGCUGGAGAAGAGUACUUAAUGAACUGUAUGAAAUUAUUGGAGGAGUGUACGGUGACACGGGAAAACGUCUCGCUGUGCAUACAAGUCAGGAACCAGCUUGGCAUCUUAUGGGCUGGUCGAGACGAAACCGAGACAGCACAAGGCUUUUUAGAAACGGCUGAGUCCAUCUAUGUUCACUAUAUAAAGGAGGAUGGCCAGCCACCAUUGGAUUUGGUAGAUUUCUUUGUUCUGGAGGAAGAUGCACCAUCUCAACAAGAGCGAAUGAAAAGAUUUGAAAUGGCAUACACACACACACUUUAUUAUCUGGCUCAAGUGUAUAAAAAUCUGGGGCAGUACGAGAGAGCAGGACAAUACUGCCACAGCACAUUGCAGAGGCAGCUAAAGUUCAGCCAGUUUUCGCCACUCGAGUGGGCCAUCAAUGCUGCCACUCUGUCACAAUAUUAUAUCACUAAGACACGAUACAUGGAGGCACGACACUGUUUGGCUGCUGCUAACGUCAUUGCUGGCCUGGCUGGAGAAGUCCCUUCAGAGGCUGCUGCCAAAGAAAGUGAAGCUGAAUAUGAUAAACGUGAGCAGCUGCGUCAGAAAAGAGCUGAAAUUGCAAGGUGCUGGAUUAAAUACUGCCUCAAUCUAUUGCAAGAUGCUAAAAAGCUUCUGGAGGAUAACAUUGGAGAGUUAGACUUGGACCGACAGGAAGAGCUGCAGAGAGCCCGACGGGAUGAAGAGGACGAAAAAGAGAGAGGAAGAAAAACAGCAGUUCUCUUCGAUUCCGCUGACACGUUCGAUUUAAUUUGCAGCCAGGAGGAGAAAGUGAGCUGCAUACUUCCAUUGAACUUUGAAGAAGCCCGUGCCAUCUUUCUGGUGGGUCAAGGUUACGUGACUCAGGCCAAGGAGUAUUUCGAGAUGGAUGGUCACGUAACAGACCACAUUGAAAUCCUUCAGGAUCACAGUGCUCUUUUUAAAGUCCUGGCCUUUUUCGAGGAAGACCUGGAGCGCCGCUGCAAGAUGCACAAGCGUCGCGUGGACAUGCUCGAGCCCAUCUGCAAAGACCUGAACGCUCAGUACUAUUUGCUUAUCUGUCGACAGUUGCAGUUCGAACUCGCUGAAACCUUCUACGAAAUGAUGGACCUUAAACUGGCCGUGGCUGAAAAGCAGGACCAGCCAGAUGCACACACAAUAAAGAAGUUCAACCACUUGUGCUCCGGGUCCAUCAAGUACUACCAGAUGUUCCUUGACUCCAUCCGCUCACCAGAAGGCAAGUUUCCGGAAAAACUCGAAGACGAUCUGCUGAGACCGGCUCUGGUGGCUAAGUUUCGCAUUGCUCGACUUCAGUCCAAGAUCAUCUCCGGAAACCUGGCCAAUCAACUGGAGAAUCUCAGCCUCUCGCUGGAGUCGUACAAAUUUGUUGUGCAGUAUUGUGAGGAGCACCCAGAUGCCAUGAAGGCUGUGGAAACUGAACUGGAGCUGAGUAAAGAAAUGGUGUCCCUCCUACCUAUGAAGAUCAAUAGAAUACAGUGCAAAAUGGCAUCCACUAACUAAGAUGCAUUAGUGGUCACAUUGUAAAGAUGGUCACUGGCUAUAAUGAGAGCUGACAUGUAAAUUAAACCACUUAUGUUUUAUUUUGACUUUAAAUCAUUAUUACAGUAUAUUAGAAUAAAUACAUUAAUGAGUCUCCAUAUAAGUGUCACCCCAUUUUCCUAAUAUUGUCCAUCUGGAAGCAGACUAACCUUUCUUCUGUUUUACUUCCUGAACUGCAUGAGUCAGUUAUCAAAACUUUAUUUAAUAAUACAGUGCAGUCAUCUCAAUUACAUCUGCUCAUUAUAUGAUUGUUAAAUGUAACAUAAAUGUGUUUAUGCAUAAAAAAAAAUUAAUAAAUUUGUUUCCGUUA